AUGUUGCUUCUCCUUCUUUUUACUUCAAUUCUAGCACGGAUACCUGCCACUUCAGCAAGACAGGAUAUGUCAUGGUUGAACUGCAACACAUUGAAGGGAGAAAACCUUCACUUUAAAAUGAUUCGAUUCUCAAGGCCGAUGGAAAUCGGAGACAAAAUUACAGUAACCGGAAAAGUCAACCAUAAUGCAAAUAUGUCUUAUGUCCACUUGUACCGUGGAUUUGACAGUGUUUAUGAAAGAAGUCCAGUUUCGAUUCAUGUGAGAGUUCAGUACAGAAGAAACUCGAUCAUCUAUAAUAGUUGGAAUGGAAGAUGGGGACCAGAGGAAUUUGGAACGCAACCAUAUAUGUCUGACAAUCCAUACACAAUUUCCAUUUUGAGAACCCUAGAUUCUUACAAAGUUUUUAUGGGGGGAAUUGAGAUCAAAAACUAUAGGUAUCGGAACCCUACUAAUUGGGAAAUUGGAAACUUGCUUGUUUAUGGAGACUGGUCGCUUAAUGCUAUUACGAUGCACUGUGUAAACCCAGGAGUCCCAACCACACCAGAUCCAAAUGCCACGACAACGCCUGUCCCAACAACCACUCCAGUUCCAACAACAACUCCAUCAACCACGAAGCCACCAAUCGCAGAAGAUCCAACUGGAAAUCUUCAAGGAGAUGAUAUAAUUGUAACAAAUCCAGGAUCAAAUAGUGGAUCCAACUCAAAUAGUUCCAACAAUAACAACUCCAAUUCUGGAAGCUCCAGUAAUGGAAACAGUAAUUCUGGAAAUAAUGGGAAUGGAUCUGGUUCGAACAGUAAUACUGGAAAAGGGAAUAAUGGAAAUGGAAAUUCCGGGACUGGAAAUGGUGGAGGGAACAAUGGAAACGGAAACAACGGAAAUGGCAAUAAUGGUAGUGGGAAUGGCAGCGGAAAUGGUAACAAUGGUAACGGAAACGGUAACAAUGUUAACAAUGGUAAUGGAAAUAGUAACAACGGCCACAACAACGGAAAUGGUUUCAAUGGCCAAUAUCCUCCCUAUCCACCACCAAAUGGCUACUAUCCACCUGGAUAUCCAUAUCCUCCUGGCUACCAUUAUCCUUAUCCACCACCAGGUGGUUUCUAUUAUCCUCCAGGAGGUGUUCCACAGAACGGAAUGAAUGGUCAGAAUGGAAAUGGACAACCCAAUAUCAUUGUGAUCAAUUCUGAUGGAAAGAAACGUGGAGGUGGAAAUGGAAGGCAAUUUGAUAUUGAUAAUGACGAUGGUGAAGAUGAUGACUUCCUUAUCUCUGUUGUUGCUGUGUUUUCGCUAUGCAUCACUCUGCCAUUGGUCUACAACUACGUUCAUGGAAUCAAGACCCAAAUCAACCAUCAGAUUUCGUUCUGCAAACAUUCCGCUCGUGAUAUCUUCUCCGAGGUUAGCCACAUUCGUUCCAAUCCAAACAACGCCACUCUCCGCGAGAAGCGGCAAACUGGAGAAUGCUCUGGAUGUUGCCUUCCAGGAGCUGCUGGACCAGCUGGAACACCAGGAAAGCCAGGAAGACCAGGACGUCCAGGAGCUGCUGGACUUCCAGGAAACCCAGGAAGACCACCAGCACAGCCAUGUGAUCCAAUCACUCCACCACCAUGUCGUCCAUGCCCACCUGGAGCACCAGGAGCUCCAGGAUCUCCAGGACCACAAGGAGAUGCCGGAGCUCCAGGACAACCAGGAUAUGGAGGUGGCGUUGGAGCACCGGGACCAGCUGGACCAAAGGGACCACGCGGACAGCCAGGAAACCCAGGACAAGCCGGAGCCCCAGGACGUCCAGGAGCUGAUGCCCAAUCUCAGAACACCCCAGGACAACCAGGACCAGCUGGACCACAAGGGCCACCAGGAUCAUCUGGAGCACCAGGACACCCAGGAGGACCAGGAUUCCCAGGAGCUCCAGGACCAAAGGGGCCAUCUGGAGCACCAGGACAGCCAGGAUCCGACGGAAACCCAGGAGCUCCAGGACAACCAGGACAAGCCGGGGGAGCUGGAAACCGUGGAAUCUGUCCAAAAUACUGUGCUAUCGACGGAGGAGUCUUCUUCGAAGAUGGAACCAGAAGAAAGUAUUCAGUCUCUUCCGCUAAAGAGAGUUUGUCUGAUGUCAGUGCCCCAGGAGCCCCAGGAAGACCAGGACAAGCUGGAUUCCCAGGACAACCAGGAGCUGAUGCUCAAUCCGAAUCUAGCCAAGGAGCUCCAGGACCAGCUGGACCCCAAGGACCUCCAGGACCAUCGGGAGCACCAGGACAUCCAGGAGGACCAGGAUUCCCAGAAGCACCAGGACCAAAGGGACUAUCUGGGGCCCCAGGACAGCCAGGAGCCAAUGGAAACCCAGGAGCUCCAGGACAACCAGAACAAUCUGGAGGAUCCGGAGAACGUGGAAUUUGUCCAAAGUAUUGCGUCAUUGAUGGAGGAGCCUUCUUCGAUGAUGGAACCUUCCGCAAACGUUAA